AUGGAACAGAUGCAGUCCAAUUGGUGUCAAACCGACAAGAUUCUUCCAUUGGUUGCUCUCCUGGUCUUUGUCCGAGGUGAUCCAGAGGCCCCAAUUGUCCGAAUUGCUCCGUAUGCUCCAUAUGCUCCAGCUGGCUGGCAACCGCAGAUUCCGUUUAAUCUACCCAAUGAGUACCUACCGGCUAGGAAUACGAAUCCGGAUGUGCAGAUCACCAAGGCGCGAGUGGAACAGGUCUAUCCAUCCCAGAAAUUGGAUAAACCCGAAGCUGGAAUUCUACAGCCUAUUUCCCGUCCGUCAAACCAAUAUGGUCCACCAGAUCCUGGUUUCAAAAUAGUCUAUCCCGACGAGGAGGAGCCAGUAAUUCCCAAGGACUCAUCUCAACCCAAUCAGUCCAGCAUCAAGGAAGGACGCUACUUCAUAAUAUCUCAGGAUAAUAAACUUCAGAGAGUUACUUUCAGCUCUGAGCAGAAUGGAAGCGAUGAGGAUUUCACAGCUCGGCUGAGUUACUCCACUGUGGGACAGCUCAAGGAUCCUGUGUACCGAUACAAUAGCCAGGGACAAUUGGAAAGGGUGUUGAAGAAGUGA